AGAUAUUCCCUCAUUUAUACAUACACAACCUUUAUUUAAUCAGGUAAUCUCAUUGAGAUUAAGAUCUAUUUUGCAAGAGAGACCUGAGUAUAGCAGAUAGAAAGAUAAACAAACAUACAGUAUGUCUUACACAUUAGUCCAAAAUCUUACACAGGUGUUCAACUGGGUUGCGAUCUGGUGACUGUAAAGGCCGUUGCAUUUUAUUCACGUCAUUUUCAUACUCACUAAACCAUUCAGUAAAUCCUGGUGCACGGAAGCAUCUGCAUUUGAUAUGUUUCUCCACUCUUUUAUUCAGGGUUUUCCUUGAAUUUUUCCCCCGUCUGUAUAUUAAAUAUACACAUUAUAUUGUCACCAUCUGGAUAAACAGAUAAUGAUUUAAUGGACAUAUAUCAGAGGCCAUUUCACAUGCACUUGAGACAAAUAAAUCUUCUGCUGUGGAGAUACAGAACUUUAUCAAAUCACUAAUGGUCAAUUACAGCCAUAUGUCUUCUUCAUCUGCCUACUUACUUUCCCCUUGCUCUUGAUUCUCUUCUUCUCCUUUUUUCUGUUUCUCUAAAUUACAUGCUCAUAUUUUGGUUGAUGUCUUUGUUGUUCCCUUUCUUGUUGUGUAAAUUGGUUUUGUAUUAAAAAAAAACAACACAAAACGCACGCUGAGUGAGGGACGCACAUAGCUUCCGGUCGUGCGUCAUCUCCAGGCGACAACAGACUCCUACUUCGCGCCAAGCAGUUGAAAGAUUUCGUUACUUUUCUGACAACUAACCUGCCCUUAAACUGCGAGGAAACCUGUUCAUAAUGGACAUCAGGCGGUUCUUUGCACCGACUUCAGCCAAGCCUGCGGUGCAGAAACCAGCACCAAAUGGAAACGUCAAAACAGAGGAGAAGAAGAAGACGAAGAAGAAGAAUCCUCUCUCUCCUGACGAGGAAGUGAAAAAGAAAGAGACCGCCAAGGUCAAAAGCUCCAAACCAGAGGAGAAACGCAAAGAUAGUGAGAAGAAACGAAAGAAGCAUGCAGUCAUAGAAUCAGACUUGGAGGAUGAGGAACAAGUGAGGGAGUCAAAGAAAUCCCCCAGAGAGAAACAGAAGACAAGCAAGACGGAGCCACCUCCCAAAAAAGAUCCUGUGCAUUAUGUCUCUGAAACAGACUCAGACAGCGACAACUUUCAGUCCUUAAAGGUGGCCUCAAAAACCAAGCAGAAUGGCACAGCCAAGCCGACAAAGUCAGAUGCAACGAGUGCUCGUCCAGAAGCCAAAGAGGGGGUGACGUCUCCCUCCUCCACACAGAGGAAAACUGCGGUGAAGUCUCCUCCUGUGCCCAUCACCCCUAAGUCAGCCCUGCCUCCUCAGCCCAAGAAAACCCCCACAUCAGUACUCGACUACUUCGGCAAUUCGACUAUUCAGCGCUCAGAUAAGAAGCUUGUAGCCAGCACCAAACGAAAGGCUCCGACUCAGGACACAGAUGAUCUGAUUAGUGAUGAGCAAAUCGCCAGAGAGCUGCAUAUGGAAGAGGAAAUGGAGCUGGAAAAGCAGGUCCAUGAGGACGAGGAAUUUGCCAGAACACUGGCCAUGCUAGACGACGAGCCUCAAGCGAAGAAGGCUCGUAAAGGCUCUGAUGAAAAACCAACCCCUACUGCAUUUUCCAGAAAGAGCAGUAGAGACUCUGCUGCUGACAGCCCGUCAAAGACCAGUCGAAGGGGCAGCAUGUCGGAGGAUGUGAUUAGUCCGUCUCCUAAAAAGAACCCUGCCGCCAUCAAAGCCAGCUCCAAACUGGCCAUGAUGAAGAAAAAGAAUGAAGAGAGAGACGAAGGGCCAAAGAGCAAAACACCAAUUUCGCCCACAAAAAUGAAAAUCUCAGACAAGAAGUUCACACCCAAAACAGGAACCACACCCACCACAGUUAAAACUUCUCCCAAGAAACCAGAGGUGAGCCAGAGCACAAGUACGAGUCCUGAUGACGCAGAGAAGAAAAAGGUCAACUCUUCAGCUUACAGGAACUACCUCAACAGAGAUGGACCACGAGCUCUGGGCUCCAAGGAAAUCCCACAGGGUGCAGAGAACUGUUUGGAGGGCUGCGUGUUUGUGCUGACAGGCGUCCUGGAGUCCAUGGAGAGGGAUGAUGCCAAAUCCCUCAUCGAGCGCUACGGAGGCAAGGUGACUGGAAAUGUAAGCAAGAAGACCACCUACCUGGUGCAGGGCAGAGACAGCGGAGUCUCGAAGUUCGAGAAGGCAGAGAGUUUGGGUACCAAGAUCCUGGAUGAAGAUGGUCUGUUGGAGCUGAUUAGAACCAAACCAGGAAAGAAGUCCAAGUACGAGAUCGCUGCAGAGGCUGAGAGCAAAGCCUCAAAGACCAGAACCCCCCCCAGCAAGGCAUCAAAGAGCACCCCCAAAGCCCAGAAGAUCUCUCCCUCCAAGGGUAAUUCCAGGUCCCCUCACACCCCGAGCCCGUCAAAGACCGGCAGGACCAGAGAUGGCGGCACUCCAUCUAGGAGAGGGUCAGGUCACACAGCCCGGAGGGAGCUGGGCAUUUCCUCCUCCAUUUCUUCAUCUUCAGCCCCGAGACCGUCAUCCCCAUCCCCGGCCGACGAGGGUGCCAGUCUGCUGUGGGUGGACAAGUACCGACCACGCUCUCUGAAGACUGUGAUUGGCCAGCAGGGAGACCAGAGCUGUGCCAAUAAGUUGCUACACUGGCUGCAGAACUGGCACAGGCACCACAGCGGGGGCGCUUCCAAGCCACCAGCAGCAAGGUUCGGUAAGUUUGGAGGAGGGAAAGAUGAUGGAUCAGGAUACAAAGCUGCUCUGCUCUCUGGACCUCCGGGAGUGGGGAAGACCACCACAGCUGCCCUGGUCUGUGAGGAGUUGGGCUUCAGCUACGUGGAGAUGAACGCCAGCUGUACUCGCAGCAAAAACAGCCUGAAGGAGGUCGUUGCAGAGUCACUGAACAACACCAGCAUCGAGAACUUCUACAAAGGCACGUCUCAGACGGUGACCAGUAAACACGUCCUGAUCAUGGAUGAGGUUGAUGGUAUGGCUGGCAACGAGGACCGCGGAGGAAUCCAGGAGAUGAUUGGCCUGAUCAGAAAUUCAAAGAUUCCCAUCAUUUGCAUGUGCAACGAUCGUAACCACCAGAAGAUCAGGUCUCUGGCCAAUUACUGCUUCGAUUUGCGCUUCCAGAGGCCGCGACUGGAACAGAUCAAGGGAGCCAUGAUGUCCAUCGCUUUCAAGGAGGGAAUCAAGAUCCCAGCCCCAGCUCUUAAUGAAAUGAUCCUAGCCUCCAAUCAGGAUGUCCGACAGGUGAUCCACAACCUGAGCAUGUGGUCGGCCAAAGACAAGGUGAUGACGUAUGACCAGUGCAAGUCUGAUGCAGCCAGAGCCCGCAAGGACAUGAAAAUGGGGCCGUUUGAUGUUUGUCGGAAGGUGUUUGCCUCAGGAGAGGAGACUUCCCACAUGAGCCUCAUUGACAAGUCUGACCUCUUCUUCCACGACUACUCGCUAGCGCCGCUCUUUGUCCAAGAGAACUACCUGCAUGUUCGUCCAAAGGCCGCCGGUGGUGAUCUGAAGUCCCACCUGGUGUUGCUCAGCAAGACGGCUGACUCCAUCUCUGACGGGGACUUGGUGGACAGACGGAUCCGCUCUGGGCAGAACUGGUCACUGCUGCCCACCCAGGCCAUCUAUGCCAGCGUGUUACCAGGCGAGCUCAUGAGAGGCUACAUGAGUCAGUUCCCCACCUUUCCCAGCUGGCUCGGCAAGAACUCCUCCACCAGUAAACAUUCCCGCAUCAUCCAGGAGCUGGCCUCACACAUGGGUUUAAAGACGUUGAGCAGCAGGCAGGCGGUUAACCUAGACUACCUACACUACCUGCGGCAGGCGCUGCUGAGCCCACUUCAGAGGCACGGAGCGGAGGGCGCUGGCGAGGCAGUGCAGCUGCUGGACAACUACCAGCUCAUCAAGGAGGACGUGGACAGCAUCAUGGAGAUCAGCAUCUGGGGUGGACAACCCGACCCCUACUCCAAACUGGACUCUAAGGUGAAGGCAGCAUUCACACGGGCCUACAACAAAGAAGUUCACCUGACGCCGUACUCCCUGCAAGCAGUGAAGAAGGGCCGCCGUGGCGGCGGGGGGGAUUCAGAGUUGGGAGGAGAAGACGUGGACAACGAAGUGCAGGAGUCUGAGGACGAGGGGGAAGGCCUCAAAACUGACGCCAUGAUCAAACAGAAGAAGGCCAAAGCCACGAAGGAGUCAAAGAAGGAAGAUUCUGGGAAGGGCAAGGGGAAAGGCAAGGCCAAGAAAUGACCAAUGACCAGAGGAGGAAAACAAACUGUCCUGGUCUGCCUCCCUCUGCCCUCACAGACUGUAAUAUUUUCCUCUGCACUUGCAAAGAUACUUUAAUGAGCAUCAGAAAGUAGUGAAACUGGUCUUAACCUCUGCAGGUAACUUAUCUGUCCACCAUCCAAACAUUUGACUCUAACCACACUGGCUGAGAAAUGUCUUUCCUUUUUUUUUAACCUCCUGUCGUGUGUUCGUCAAAGCGUCUCUAUACUGAACAAAUGAUGCAUAUUAUCUGCUUGUUUGACCCAUUAUCAUGUCUAUACACCUCUGCAGUUAACGUGUCUCAACAGGAGUAUAGUGCACUUCUUCCGUCAUCUGUUUGUGGUCCAGGUGUCAAGGCUGUAAAUAAUGUGACUCUGGUGUCCUUUUUGCUACGACUAUGAUACAGAAAUGCUUUAGCUCUACGGUUAGCAGCACUAAUGUUCCUGUAAAUUCCUAUUUUGUAAAAAGUUCAUGAGGAUUAAUAGAGAAAUAUGUUGCUCAUGA